AUGGAAGACCACUUCAUAGGGGAGCUGCGUAACGCGGCACGUGAUGCCUUCCAGCAACGGAAUUCGGCUUCAUUUGUACUGCCAGAGUCAAAGCUCGCCAGAAUCUCGAUUCCUGAGGAUCUCAGCCCUCUGCGAGAGUAUGUAUCAUCUCAAAGUGAUGAUAGUAAUACAGAGAUAUGCGAAAACCUCCUGUUUGCCCUGGCAUUCCUGAAAGGUUGGGGAUCUAGGAGUCUAUCGGAGCAAGACAAGAAAGCUGCCAACCAUAUUUAUGAGUGGGCAAGCAAUGCUGCGCUUCCGUCGCCAAUUUUUGCCGAAACAAACGAACUAGACGAGAGGAGAGACCGGAUUGUAGAAGAUCAGUUCCGGUCAAAUAUCGCGAUCUCGGUCAUUGAAUCGCUGGCUGGGUUGCUUCCCAUCCACGAGUCAGAAAAUACACCGGACAUCAUCAUUGCGCUGGCCAGCUUCGCUUCUGAUCAUGACUCAUGGGCGUUGCCAGAGACUCACGCUCGCGCAAAUGCUCUGCUAACAACCCAUUUUACUUCGCUUCGCUCGGAAGCGGAUUUAAAUAAAACGUUCUGGGCUACGAUCGAAGACAUCCUGAAGCAAAAGAUCCGACCUCUGUUCGCGAAGACCAAGAACCCGGCCAUCACAGCCUCAGGCCGCAAGAACUUCCAUCCCGUGCCUUUGCCGCGAUUUGAUGCCAGCGUCCUGGAUCCAGAAACGAAGCCAUGGAAGAUCCAAGAUGUCUACGCUACGACCGUUCUUUCCUGGAUCAUCACGCAAUAUCAGGCCACAGACCGCGACCAUCUUGAAGCGCACUUCCCGCUGCUCGUCCCAGCACUCUUAACUCUCAUCGACGACGAUAGCCUACCCUUCAGAAUCCGCGGCUGCCUUCUCACCUCGGACCUCCUCAUCCCCAUCAGUGGCAGCAAAUCCGACAUCCUCCGCCGCACCAACCUUUCCUCCGUCUUCGAAGACGCCAUCCGUCCAUGCCUCCUCUCCCUCCCCACCAUCACGCCCGAAGACGACUCUAUCUCCCUCCUCAACGCCGCCUAUCCCGCGCUCCUCUCCGUGCUCAAAACGAACACGCAGAACUCCUUCCCAAUCCCACCUCAAAUCGCCACCGAAGCCUACAUCGCCUCCAUCACCAAGACCCUGCGCGAGAACCUGAUCCCCUCCUUCCACCACAUCAGCUCCGUCAACUCCGCCUCCACCCCCGCUGGCUCCUCAUUCGCAUCCUUCCCUCACCCCCGCCUCUCCACCCUCCUUCUGGACCACAUGCACCCCGUCCUCUUGGACCUGGGCAUCCACACCUCCAAAUACCUUCAGGACACCAUUCCCCUAGUGCACAGCACGCUCUCGAAUCCCUUCGGCCCCGCAUAUCCGCCCCUCCUCCUCUCCGCGGUGGGUCUCCUCCGGACCGUGAUCCUGACCACCCACCCGCGCCUCUGGCGGUGGCGCGGCGAGAUCCUCGGUGCGCUCUGCGCAUGCUGGCUACACGUCGUCGAAGAGGAAGUCGAGAUGAGUGAGCGAGCGUCCACCCAAACCCAAACCGAAAAGACGCAUCCACCGUCUUCAUCCCUCGCCAAAGAAACCGAUGCAGCGGAUCUAGUCCGGCUCAAGAAGGAGCUGAAGGGCGUGAGUUAUCUGCUGAAGUUUGCGCUGCAGAAUCCGGACCGGGGAAGUGCGCGCGAUGCGGGACAGAUAGAAGCGAAGGAGAAUAUUGAGAAGGAGUUGAGGAAAUUAGUAGAGGCGGAUCAUGUGCUGGAGGGUUUGUUUGAUAUGGAUUUUGAUACUACGGAUGCGGAGUAUUUCGGGGUGCGGGUUUAA